AUGUCGUUCACGCCCGCACUCGAGGUAACCGAGUGGCCCACGCCGCAACCUGUUGCUGGACUGAGUAACUAUCGUGACUCUGUUCACUGGUCGCAACAUGCUCCAAUCCUCAUUGAUAAUGGCUCGAGCGAAUUGCGCGCAGGAUUUGCAACGUGCGAGGGCGACGAGGCUCCGAUCGCUUGCGACAAUAUCGUGUCGCGCUUUAAGGAUCGCAAGCGUGGUACAAAUGUUGUCCUAUGCGGAAGCGACUGCUAUGUCGAUUCGCAGAGCCGUGCAGCGAUGAAGAGCGCGUUCGACGGCGACAUUGUGUGUGGAUUUGACUCUAUGACGCUGUGCAAUCCGGAAUACAGCCGAAGCCAAAUGAACGAGAUCCUUUUUGAGGCAUACAACGUCCCAUCGGUAAACUAUGGACUGGAUGCUCUGUUUGCCGCGUACGCCAACGGCGUUCACGAGGACGGUUUAGUGGUCUCCGCCGGCCGUAACACGACGCUGGUUGUGCCGAUGGUAGCAGGCCGUGGGGUUCUGGACAAUGCGAAGCGCCUCGCGUGGGGUGGUGCGCUGGGUGCCGACUUUUUGCACCGUCUUCUACAGCUCAAGUACCCCAAUCUUCCCCAGAAGAUUACGUCGUUUGAGUCGCAGACCAUGCUGGAAAACCUGUCGUACGUCUCGGCGGACUACGAAUCCGAGAUCCGUUCGCUGCAAGUGCCCGAAAACCUGGCCAAGAUGGACAAGGUGGUGCAGUUGCCCUAUGUCCCCCCUGAGCGAAAAGAAAAGACGCAAGAGGAGUUGGACAAGAUUGCCGAGCGCAAGCGUGCCGCUGGGCAGCGCCUCAUUGAGCAGACGCGCAUGAUGCGUGAAGAGAAAGCGUUGCAGAACGAGAACGAUCUCAAGUACUAUACCCUACUGAAAGAGUGGAAGGAGAAGGAGUCGCCCGAAGAGUAUUUGAAACGUCUCGAAGACGAGGGCUUUGAUACAGAGCAAGAGUUUGAAAAGACGCUCAAGCGCGUCGAGGCGGCGGUUAAGCGCAACCGCGGCGAGGAAGACGAGGACGAGGAGGAAAAGAAGCCGCCGUCGUUCCCGCUGAUCGACGUCCCCGACGGCGAACUCGACGAAGAGGGCGUGAAGGAAAAGCGCCGUCAGCGCCUGCUCAAGGCCGGCUACGAUGCCCGGGUACGCGCUCGUGCGGAAAAAGCCGAGGAGGAGCGCCUUCAAGCCGAAGCCGAAGCGCGCGAGCUCCAGGAACAGCGCGAGAACCCCGGGCAGUGGCUCGACAAGAUCCGGAAGCAGCACCAAGACGCUCUUUCGCGCAUCCAAGAGCGCAAACGGCUCCGUGAGACACUCCCUGACCGCAAGUCGGCGGCCGCGCAACAGCGCAUGAAGAGCAUUACGGCACUUGCCAGUGAGAACAAUGCGACGGGCACGCAGCGCCGCCGUAAGCGUGGCGACGACGAAGAUACCUUUGGUGCAGAUGACAGUGACUGGUCGGUCUACCGCACGAUCAAUGAUGGCGCAGGCGAGGAAGAGGACCGCGAGGCAUUUGCGCAGCUCGAAGCACUCGAACAGAAGCUUCUCGAGCACGACGUCGCGUUUACCGACGAGAAUACCUAUGCCGCGCUGCAGGCAAAGAAGACGCUGCUUACCACGACCUACCUUCGUGGCUUUGAGCCGGCAUGGGACCCCAACGAUGGUGCGCAGUACCACCAAGUGCACCUGAACGUGGAGCGGAUCCGCGUGCCCGAGAUCAGCUGGCAGCCGAUCAUUGCCGGCGUGGACCAAGCCGGUGUGACGGAACUGAGUCGUCAUGUGCUCCAGGCGUUUGACGAGCCGGUGCGUAUGCGCAUGGCCAAGAACGUGCUGGUGGCCGGCCGCUACUCGCUGCUGCCCGGCUUUGACCAGCGCCUGCAAAGCGGUCUGCGCUCGAUUCUUGCGCCCAAUGCCCCUCUGUCGGUGCGCCGUGCGCAGAGUGCGCGUUUCGACCCCUGGCGCGGCAUGCGCCGGUGGGUCGUGGAGCAGCCCGAGGCCUUUCGUGCUUCGUCCGUGUCGCGUGCCGAGUACGAGGAAAAAGGCAGCGGGUGGUUCAAAGAGCACGGCCUGUCGGCGUGCUGGCAGCCAUAG